CUGGAUUUGUUUUUGUUGUAAGAGAUUGUCAUAUAAAUUCUGCCUGACAUCUCUUGCCCGUGUGGCCCAUAGCAAGAGGAGGGUUUCCAUGCUUUGACACGAUGCGGGCGCCAGUGAUCCUGCUGCUCCUCCUGGCCUCAGCAGUGCCUUCAUUCUCAUUGAGUCCUGCAGACUGUGAGGCAGCUGGGCCCAAGGCUGUGGAAGUCCUGAAUCUGAUCAACGAAAGGCGAAGGGAAGGCUACCAAUUCCAGCUGUUGAGGGUUGCCGAUGCCCACACUGAUGUUCACGAAGAGGAAUCUGCAGUUGUCCACUAUUUGGUCCUGGAUGUGAUAGAAUCAGAUUGCUCUGUCCUGUCUAGGAAACCUGUGGAGGAUUGCCAAUCAAAAGAUGACAGAUGGGUCACUGAAAUUGUCAUUGGGAGAUGCAAAGUGGUGGCUGUCACCCACCCAAAUACCUCUUGUGAGCCGGAGCUGACUAAGGUGUUUGAGUUCAACUGCACAACAAGCUCCGUUUCUUCCGCACUGUCUGACCCCGCAGCUGGGCCUGUGAUUAUUGACUACUUUGAAAAUCCAGAACAAUAUAAGCAGCAGGCAGAGAAAGCCCUCAAGCAGUACCAGGAGGGUGAUGCCAAUACCACCUCUUUCCAGGUGGUCAAAGUCGAGAGAGCUAUAGAAGUGAGGGGAGGAGAAAGAACGGCUUUGUACCUGGAUUUCAGCAUAAUGAACCACUCUGCAGAAGCCCCGCCUCCGCCCCCGCCCCCGCCUCAUCACUUCUUCGGGCUACUCGACCAGCCUCCGCCUCCGCCUCCGCCUCCUCACUUUUUCUGGAGCUGUCCGGUCUUUGGAUUUUGUCGGGCAAAAUUUGUAUAUAAUGUGGAGAAUUCUGACUUGAACAACCCAGAUGAUCUGACUGUAAACUGUGAAAUUUUCAAUGAGGAGGACUCCAGAAAUUUCAGCAGUGGAAGAUGGCACCAUUGGCAUCAUCGUCAUUUUGGUAGGCAUGGGCACCAUCCUCCUAGAGGCCCACAUCCAGCACAUGGACCUUUGGAUCAUGGAUUCCGAGGGCAUCCUCACCAUCACCAUUCACAUGAGAACAGAGGGCCACCUCCAACCCACCCACCUUUGGAAGAGAGAGAGCCUAAAGGGGGGCCACAGGAGGGACUCCUUUCUAGUCCUGAUAAUUCUCCUGUCAGAGAUGAACCAGAUCUACCUCAUCCUCAAGGAACCCAUCCCCCAGUUGGCCAUGGUGAUCACCAUAGGCAUGGUCCCCAAAAGCCAUGUCCUGCUGGCCCCGGUCCACAUAAGCAUGGUCCUCAUGGUCCUCAUGGUCCUCAUGGUCCUCACGGUCCUCAUGGUCCUCACGGUCCUCAUGGUCCUCAUGGUCCUCAUGGUCGUGGUCCUCAUGGUCGUGGUCCUCAUGGUCAUGGUCAUCAUCGUCAUGGUCCCCAUCACCAUGGUCCCCAUGGCCGUGGUCCAUGUAGGCAUGGGCCUCCACCUGGAGACUUAGAAGAACAAGAUGUUCACAGACUUCCUCCAUUGAAGAAGGGUGAAGUCCUUCCUUUGCCUGAAAUCAGCCUUCCUGGUCAAUGUAAUUGUCCACACUCAAGAAACCGACAUCCUCCAAAGCCAGAAUUUCAGCCCUUCCCACAGACAUCUUCAGAGUCUUGUCCAGGGAACCUCAAGUAUGAAUAUCCACAACUUUUGCAUUUUUUGGAAAAUAAAGAUUUAAAGUGAUCAUCUGAUUUCACAAUGGAAAAAGCCACAAGAUUUGUGUGCCAAAGCUGAGUCAGAAAUAAAAGAGAAUCAGUGUAAAAUUC